AUGGCUUUCAAUUUCAUUCUAUGGUGUCAUCCCAAGCUGAUUCUAAGCGUUUUUGUGCUCUUUUCUUGUUCCUUUGGCUUUCUCUCUGCAAAUGAUGAACUGGGCACAGGUGAAACCUUUACUGUUUCAAGCUUCAGCUACCCUGAGACUAGGCUCAGGCCCUUUGAUUGGCGCUAUAUUAGAGUUGACUUGCCGCCAUGGUUUUCUGCAGUGUCUAUAGCAUUGAACUCAGAUGUAGACCUUGAUGUCUCAAGAAUUGAAGGGGUUCCAAAGAGCACACUGCCAAUAAUAUGCUUUAGAGAUGGAAGUCCUCCACUACCAGAUGCCUUAAACACAUCUAUGAAAGAUUCAGCCAUCUCUGGCAUAAAUGGUCUAGAUGUGGAGCAGUGCUUUCCUAUGCAGAAAAAUAUCACUAUGAAACUGACAAACAAUCAGAUAUCUCCAGGUGUUUGGUACAUUGGUCUUUUCAACGGCAUUGGACCGACAAGGACACAGUCGAAGAUGAUUAUCCGAGGCUCAGCAUACUCCUACAUUGCCAAUAUAAGUGUUGAAGCAUGCACAAAUCCAAUCAUGAGGGGGGAUUUCUGUAACAGUACAGUUUAUCCACUUUCUUGCACAGCUUCUGAUGUCAAUAAUGCUUUGGAGGCUACAACUAACAAUCCGAUGUUGGAAAUUUUGGUGACCUGCAAAAGUAAUUUUGAAACUUUUUGUGUUCAUGAAGGUGUAACAAACUUCCUCUCCUUGGAUAUAAUGAAUGUGGCAGAAGAAUUUACCAUUAUGGCAACAAAUGUCAGAUUAAAUGUUACACCUUCAAAUAACACUUCUGGUGCAAAUGAUGUUAGUUUAAUGUGUUUUAUUCGCCAUGGUGCAAUGCCUUCAGUGACUUUGCAUGAUUAUUUCAGUGAUCUAUAUAAAGCACCCCUGGUUAUUCCAUCACCAUCAAUUGGUCGUUGGUACAUUAGUAUAGUACCAGUCAAUCUUACAAAGACUCAGGAUAGUGAUGUAAGAGUUUGUUAUUCAGUGGAAUCUCAUGUUCUUCAUUGCCCACUUGGGAAAGCUGGACCCAAUUGUACAAUGGAUAGCUACAUGCUUCAGACAUUUGUAAGGAGAGGUUCAACCCCCUUUGAGUCAUAUUAUUUACCAGUUGGUAGAGGAGCAUCUUAUGAUUCUGCCAAUUUCCCUCUUGAGCCACUUUUAAGAAACUCAUCAUACAAUGGAGAACCUGAAAACAUUUGGACUUACUUUGUUUUGGACAUUCCUCGUGGUGGAGCUGGAGGAAAUAUUCACAUACAGCUAUCCUCGGAUGUGAAGAUCAGUUAUGAAGUUUAUGCUAGAUUUGGUGGAUUACCAUCUCUUGAUAGCUGGGACUAUUAUUAUGCUAACAAGACAAGGAGAAGUGAUCCAUCUACGUUUUUCAUGUUAUAUGAUUCAAGUGAUGACAAGGUUAAUUUUUAUAUCAUGUAUGCUAGAGAAGGAACUUGGGGUUUUGGUCUAAGACAUCUUAAUACCAGCAGUGAUUCUGUGACGGGGCUAACUAUCAUGUCUCUUUCACUUGAACGAUGCCCAAAAAGAUGUUCCUCUCAUGGGGACUGUAAAUUUUCUUUUGAUGCUAGUGGAUUGACAUCAUACAGCUUCUGCUCUUGUGAUCGAAACCAUGGAGGCUUUGACUGUAGCAUUGAAAUUGUAACUCAUCAAGGACAUGUGCGGGAAUCAAUUUUUCUCAUUGUAUCAAAUGCUGCAGCCAUACUUCCUGCCUAUUGGGCCCUUCGGCAGAAGGCAUUUGCAGAAUGGAUUUUAUUUACAUCCAGUGGAAUUUCAAGUGGACUAUAUCAUGCAUGUGAUGUAGGUACCUGGUGUGCUUUGAACUAUAAUGUCUUACAGAAUUUACAAUGGCUUUACAUAUCAAUGUUUCAGUUCAUGGACUUCUGGCUCUCUUUCAUGGCUGUGAUUAGCACUUUUCUUUAUCUAGCUACCAUUGACGAGGUAUUUAAGAGGGCAAUCCACACAGCUGUUGCUAUCCUUACUGCCCUAAUGGCUGCAACAAAGGCAACAAGGUCUUCAAAUGUUGUUCUUGUGAUUGUGAUUGGUGCUCUUGGUCUCCUUAUUGGAUGGUUGAUAGAGAUCUCAACAAAGUAUAGGUCGCUUUUCUUUUCAAUUCGGUUCUCAGUUAAUUUCUCUCACAGUUUGCAAAGUAUAAAACGAUGGCUACGUAAUGUUGUUGAUACACUUUUGAGACGGUACCGUUGGGCUUUUGCCUUGGCUGGUUUUGUUGCAUUGGCCAUGGCAGCAAUAAGCUGGACACUUGAAACCAGUGAAAACUACUGGUUUUGGCAUAGCUGUUGGCAUAUUACAAUAUACACAUCAUCUUUCUUCUUCCUUUGUUCAAAAGCAAAUACCGUGGACAGUGAGAAUCAGCUAUCUACAGAUGGAAACUAUGAACUGACUCAUCAGGACUCACUUCCAAGAGGUAAGUUCAUGUGAAGGUGGCACAAAAAUGUGCCAGUAUUGAAUAGGAGGAAAUGAGGAAUAUAUGACUGCUGACUUGGAUAAGAAAUCAUCCUAGGAGUGAAUUCUGAGGCCAAUAACAAGUGAUGAAGCAAAGCAGUCUCUUGUAAAUUCUUGUCAGCAUAAGGUUUGUUUCUGGCAUUCUUUAUAGGAUGUUUUUGCUUUAAGUAUCUCUAGGAUAAAGAAUCAAACUAGGGAUAAAUUUUUGUCAUAGGAUAAUAGGGCAUUGUUUAUGUAAUUAUAGCUUAGAAGAUAACUUGCCUUUGAAAUGUGUCAUAUUAAGAGAUCUUCUGAUAAAAGCAACUCAACAUAAUGG